AACGGAAUACUUAUAAUUCUUUUCUCUGAUUUCUUAAAUCACUCUACUAAGACGCACAAUAUAGAUUUUUCAAAUUUGAAAGUUGCCAUCUUAGAAUUUAAAAUGAUGUCUGAGGUCGAUUUAUGGCUUCUGUGCAUCAUUGAGGCUGCAGAAAUACUCGUAUUGAGUGAGUUUCGGUCAUGUUCGGCAGUUUUCCAAAAAACAGGAAGUCGCCAUAUUUUGUCGUUCCCAAAAUCCACUACAUGCCAAAUUUGGUUCAAUUUGCUUGAUUAGUUUGAGAGUUAUGUAAAAAUAUGUGUUUCAUUUUUUUGAGAGCCUUCCCCUCUAGAGAUGGGAAAGGUAUCGACCUACUACAAAAAUAUUUGCUUUCGUAAACCACCACUUGCCAAGUUUGGCUCCAUUUGCUUCAUUAUAUCCCAUUUACAUGAUUAGUUCUCGAGUUAGGCACAAAUUUGUAUUUCAUUUGUAUGGAAGUCCCUUUACAUACACAUUUUCACGCCGACCGGGUCAGUCAUUUCCAAGUUUAUAUGGAUCUGACAGACAGACAGAUAGACUGAACUCCAUUUUGUUAUUUAUAGACAGAUAAAAAAUAAAGGAAGCAAGAUGACACAGUUGAAAAUGUUUUGCAAGGAAAUUCGAUAACUAAUUCAAACAUUUGUUAUUUUAAAAUCAUUCCACAAUUGUUUUCCUAUGAGUUAAAUAGGCAUAUGGUAUUGUUGACUGCGCCCUGUCGAGAUGUUCGGCCACAGCAGCUACUAUCGCAUCACACAACUGAGAAACCGCACCCGUUACCAUCCGAGGGAUCGUCACGAUCGAACCGCGAUCAAAGCGGACGAAGCGGAUGUCAUGUGUCAUCAUCAGAUAGGAGCGAGGCAUUUGAUCAUUAUUGGUGGUGCUGAUAGUGCGAAGAAUCUUAGAAUUAGUUCUAAUUAUUCUUAAAUCUGAUAAAAUCUAUCGGCUUAAACCUAGUGAACUUACACACUAUCUAGUUUCUAAAAUUACUUGCUAAACUUAGUGCUAAAAGUACAGAAAGGUAUCCCUCCACGAUGAUCUCCCGAAAUGUUUAUGCGCCACAUGCUUCAUCAAAAUCGAAAGCAUCGAUAAGUUUGCCAUCCUCGCGAGAAAAACGGAAGAAGCCUAUCUUGGUUGGUUCAAAUGUAUCCGAGAAAAUAUGGCAAAACGCUACAGUUUAGCGGCUUCCACUUCCAUCGGAACACCGAAAAUCGACUUCGGCUUACUGUCGCCAACCGCCGACGAACGAAGCUCGCCGCAAAAUUCCCCAAGAAGCGCAGACGGAACUGAGCUUCAGGCAAUAAAAUUGAUCAAACCGGAGAUCUCCAUCAUAUCCUACAGUGAUCUCAAGAUAGGAUUAUUGAUCAAGGACCAAGAACUGCUGAAACUAAUCCUCAAAGCAUUGCGAUGGGCUGAGCAUGACCUGAAGGCAUCGUACGAUGUGUUGAUACAACGAUUAAAAAACACCACCUUCAGAGAAAUCCUCUCCAAUCCCAAUCUAUUGAACGAUAGCGAUCUCACGCAACUCUUGAAGUCCUACAUUGGCCAGGAAGCGUACAACAAGUUUACCGCCGGAAGUGUCAGCCCUGAUAUCAGCAGUUUGAUGAGCUCAAGGGCAGCAACAAUACAUCCUGUGAUUGCGUCCUCUGCUUUGAACCCGCAAUCACCCCCAACAGCGGCGGGGGGUUUGACAAAUUUUAGAAUAGAUGAGAAUAGUGUCACCCAGAUAGAAGUGGGUGUUGAUCCGAGCUUGUUUCUGGAUGACGAAGAAUCUCAAAACCGUUCCAAGUUGGAAACGUCGCAGAAACCGUCGGAUAGUGUUGUGACGAUCAAACUGGUUCCAGCGAAUCUCACGAAAGACACAUCCAACGAAAAGAUGAUACCAGCUAUUUUAAAAUAUGACGUUCGCAGUAAUGGCCGCCACCUUUGUACAAACUGCCCGGCAGCGUUUGCUUCCAAUUCGGACCUUCAGCAACACAUCGUAACAUCACAUUUGAUGAAGGGCAAAAAACUCCUGCCUGAAAGCGUAAACGACAAGAAUGUGAUUAAGAUCCGAGUUAAGAAACACAAAACAAAAAUUCAUCAACCGGUUAUCGCGAAACAACCGGAAAAAAGUACCCCUACAACGAUCCCGAUAUCGAUUCCUCCAACAACGACGAUCACAGUGUUACCAGCUCCCGCAAAACCCAUCGAAGUCAAACUACUGGAACCUACAACGGAAACAACGAAACAUAUCGAAGAACAAUCGAAACCACCUGAAGUACAAGCUAGCCCGAAACAGCAUGUUCGAAAACCUUCAACUUCUCCAAAAAGUCAGCCGAAAACGAAAAGGAAACCUGAACCCAAAAUAACCAUCAAGUUGGAUCAAAUUCUCUCAAAGCGAACACGAAGCCAGAUAAGUGGGUCCAGACGGUCCAAGCAUACCUGUACCGUUUGUCGGAAGCGGCUGGCCUCAAAGACGGAACUUAAAGCUCACAUGGAGUCACAUUUGGCCAAGGGAAAGUAUUCCUGCGAGAAGUGCGACCGGGUGUUCAACAGCGCAUUGAACUUAUCCCGCCACCGACAGUAUCAUGCAGGAGAGAAGUUCGCCUGUGACCGCUGCCGACGGGUUUAUCCCACUAGCAGUACACUCCGGGCCCAUAAGGUAACCCACAGCGACGCCAGGCCGCACAAGUGUCCGUCUUGCGCCAAAACUUUUAAAAGGAGCCAGGAUCUGAAGUUUCACGUGAACCAACACACCGGGGAACGACCUUACAAGUGCCCACAUUGUCCGAAGUCCUUUGCAAGCUCGGGAAACUGUUUCUCCCAUCGGAAACGAAUGCAUGCCAGUCAGCUGACCGUUGAAAGUAAAGAAAAAGAGAGUAUUACAACUAGAUCUAGCAAGAGGUUAUAAAUUUACACGUGAAAUGUUCAAAAUAAGCAAUUUAUUCCCCCCAUUAGAAUUAUCCUCUGUUAUUUCUGUGAUACCGCCGCAUGUUCAAUAAAAGUUAACACAAGGUCAAA